GGUGGUGUCGCACGGAGCUCGUGCCAUCGGCGGCGGACAGCGGAGCUGCGCGCACCCACUGCUGCGGGCCUGUGUGCUCUCAGCGUGCCGGGCUGUCGACCGCAGCAGCAGCGGCGUAAGCGGCAGCAGCAGCCGGUUACGUCAGCAGUGGCAGCAGCAGGGGCAGCAGCAGUAGCAGCAGCAGGCCACAGAAGCGGGAAGUGAGCGUUGACAAUCAUCUUGUGCAAGCGCAGUGAGCGGAUGAGACUGCCUGCUUUCAGCGGGCCCAGCCAGAAGACUCACUGCUCCUCGAUCGUUCCGCCAUCAUAGUGUUCUGCGACGCGGUGGGAAGAAGCUUGACGACUGACGAUGGAGGUGGAUGCCAUUUACCAUGAAAUCGACGGCUGGGGCCGCUACCAGAAGCUGAUGUACUUCAUGCUCUGCCUGCCUUCCAUCGUGGCCGGCGCCGCCGUGGUCAGCCUCUCCUGGACCGCAUACGACAUGCCUUAUAGGUGCCUGGUGUCGGGCUGUGAGAAUGCCACCAGCGCCACCUACAACGCCCCAUUCCUCAACUUCACAACGCCGAGGCAGUCGGACCCUGCCAACGCCGACUAUCCGUGGAGCGAGUGCGACACGUUCCAGCACUCGCCGCCCGACCUAUGUGAGGCAUCCGCCUUCGAUAGCUCCCACCAGACGACCUGCAGCCAGUACGUCUACGACAAGAGCGUGAUGCAUAGCACCGUUGUGUCAGAGUUCCAGCUGAGCUGCGGGCGGGACUGGCUGCCCACCCUGGCCAACAGCCUCUACAUGGUCGGCAUGUUCGUCGGCUCGCUGGUCAUAGGACACAUCUCUGAUCGGUUCGGUCGCAAGACGGCUAUGCUGCUGUCGUUCCUGGUGCUCGGCGUGGCCAGCACAGCCACAGUGUUCGUCAAGAGCUUCGGCGUCUUCGCACCCCUACGCUUCCUCACGGGCGUCGGUGGCAUGGGCACGUUCAUGACCACCUUUUUACUCGCCGUCGAGACGGUUUCCAACGACGUGAGGACAUUCUGCGGCUUCGCCAUCCACUUCUUCUUCCCCCUCGGCGAGAGCAUUGUGGGCGUGCUCGCCAUGUACAUCAAGGACUGGCGUGAUCUGCAGCUGUUCAUCGCGCUACCCGUCUUCAUUUUCCUCUCCUACUGGCUAUUCGUGCCCGAGUCGGCUCGCUGGCUGGCGGCCGAGGGCCGUUUCAAGGAGGCCGAGGCGGUGCUCCGAACCGCAGCCAAGUACAACGGCACCGAGUUCCCCGAACAUCUGGUCAAGUCCACCGACUCGAGCGCCGGCUCUGUCGAGACGCCUGCGGUGCAGCCUCCGUCCAUGUCCGUGCUUGACUUGUUCAGGUCACCGACCCUGCGCUGGAAGACGAGCAUCAUACUGUAUCAAUGGUUCGUGUGCGCGAUGGUCUAUUACGGGCUGGGCCUGAACGCCACACGACUGGGCAGCAGCGUCUACGUCAACUUCAUCCUAGUGCAGAUCAUCGAGGUGCCGGCCGCCUUCUGCUGCAUCCUGCUGCUGGACCCGUGGGGCCGCAAGCUGAUACUCAGCCUGUCGUUCGUGCUCGGCGGACUUGGCAGCAUCGCGAGUGGAGUGGUGUCCGGCCUCGAAGACAUGCAGACGCUCACGGUGGCCCUGGCGAUGGUCGGCAAAUUCGGCGCGUCGGCGACGUUCGCGAUCGUGUUCGUGUACGGCGCGGAGUUGUUCCCGACGGACCUUCGCAACAGCGGCAUCGGCAUCUCGUCGGCUGCCGGCCGAAUCGGCUCCAUCCUUGCGCCGUUCAUUGCCAGUCUGGCACAAGGUUCAAAAAGCCAGGUCCUACCCAUGUCGAUUUUCGGCGUGUUGUGCUUGAUCGGGGCAGCUGUUACUCUCUACCUUCCCGAAACUUUCGGACAGAAAUUGCCGGACACCAUCGAGGAAUCAGAGAACUUCGGAAGGGACCAGACGCUCUGCCAUAUUCCGUGGUUGGUCCGCCGAAAACGUCGGAAGUUAUACGCCUGAGCGUGACAGCCAGAGACAGCCAGUUAGCCUCUCCACGGGGCACUGCCCAGCAUUCUUGACAACGAAUCAGCCUCCGGAAAAACUACUGACGUCAUUUCACCGGGCGGACUGAUUGGUCCUUACGGCGGGACAGCGGGUCGGCGCGGUUGCGGCGCAUGGCCUGCCACUUCUGUAAUAUGUCGCUUUGUGUCGUCGCGUGAGGUCGUCUGGUUGAUGAUGUGGCAUGACUAUUCUAGCUAGCACGUAAGGUUUUAGUUAUUGCGAAAAUACGACGGGCUUUUAACAAUAAAAAGGCAUAUGCAAACGCUUGUCUUGAUAACGCGAGUGACAUUUUAAUCGAAAAAAAAAACAGUGGCUUGAGGCGGC